AUGAGCGAAUACACGCUGGACGUGGACAAUCUGAUCCAACGGCUGCUUGAAGCUCACAAACUGCAGCAGCAGCAGGCACAAGAGUCGCGGAAAAAGGGCAAACUGAAAGACAUCUUCUCGCACGAUUUCAUGGUACGAGGAUGCCGUCCGGGAAAGUCGGUACCGAUGCCAGAGGAAGAAAUUCGUGCGUUGUGUUUAAAAUCUCGUGAAAUUUUCCUACAACAACCAAUACUCUUGGAACUGGAGGCUCCACUUAAAAUUUGCGGUGAUAUUCACGGACAGUAUACAGAUUUGUUGCGGUUGUUUGAAUAUGGUGGAUUUCCGCCAGAGGCAAACUAUCUAUUUCUCGGUGACUACGUGGACCGAGGCAAGCAAUCGCUGGAAACGAUUUGUCUUCUGUUAGCAUACAAAAUAAAAUACCCGGAAAACUUUUUCCUACUGCGCGGAAAUCACGAAUGUGCCAGUAUUAAUAGGAUAUAUGGGUUUUAUGAUGAAUGCAAACGACGAUACAAUGUGAAACUGUGGAAAACUUUUACGGAUUGUUUCAAUUGCCUGCCUAUUGCUGCCAUCAUUGAUGAGAAAAUAUUUUGCUGUCAUGGCGGCUUAAGUCCAGAUUUGAACCACAUGGAGCAGAUCAAGCGCAUUAUGCGACCCACAGACGUUCCCGACACGGGAUUACUAUGCGAUCUACUGUGGAGCGAUCCGGACAAGGACGUCAAAGGAUGGGGCGAAAAUGAUCGCGGUGUUAGCUUUACUUUCGGUGUGGAUAUUGUGGCAAAGUUUCUGCUUAUUCAUGAGCUGGAUCUCAUCUGCCGUGCGCAUCAGGUCGUUGAAGAUGGUUACGAGUUCUUCGCCCGCCGAUCGCUGGUGACUUUGUUCUCUGCUCCGAACUAUUGCGGCGAAUUCGACAAUGCGGGCGGCAUGAUGUCGGUGGACGCAAAUUUAAUGUGUUCGUUUCAGAUUUUGAAGCCCUCGGAAAAGAAGGCCAAAUAUCAGUACAGUGGAACGAACAAUCAACGACCGCAGACACCCCAGCGCAAUCAGAAUCCCACCAAUAAACGAAAAUAAUAAUUUCUCUCCAUUCUCAACCGCUACCUGACGCGACGCAGCAAGAAAAAGUCAUCAUUAGCCACCAGUUCGUCGGCGAACGCCGCCACCAAUACCACCAAUGCCUCGAACACUGCAGACGUCGAUGAAGACAGCAUGCUGACAGGUACUUCCGUGCCGUACGAUCUCGUAGCAAAUAAUUUAGUACACCGCCAGGACCAAGAUCGAGUACAUUCAGCAAGCGGCACCACAACAAUGUGUGUUUCAACGUCAGCAUCAGCUGGAUCGUCGUCAUCUUU